GAGGCGCCCGUCAAGUGUUGACAGAAGCAGCAGGAACUGUCAAAGCGAACUAGCUAGCUAGCAAGCUAACGUCCGCGAACCCGAAUGGAGAGAUUAUAACGCAAUUUGUCAAGAAAAACAACCAACAUUGUUUAAGAUAACACUGCUUACAGUGUAAAUCUACAACGAAGCAAUGGCAGAGGACCAAAGUACUCAACCAUGGUCCAUCAAUAAGGAUGACUAUGUUCUCAAUGAGGUGAUAGGGAGUGGUGCCACAGCAGUGGUGCAGGCAGCCUACUGUGAGCCAAGAAAGGAGAGAGUGGCCAUCAAGCGCAUCAACCUGGAGAAAUGUCAGACCAGCAUGGAUGAGCUCCUGAAAGAGAUUCAAGCUAUGAGUCAGUGCCAUCACCCAAACAUUGUUUCCUACUACACCUCCUUUGUAGUGAAGGAUGAGCUCUGGUUGGUCAUGAAGCUGCUAAGUGGUGGCUCGGUGUUGGACAUCAUCAAGCAUAUCAUCUCCCGUGGGGAACAUAAGAACGGGGUGCUGGAUGAGUCCAGCAUUGCCACCAUCCUGAGAGAGGUGCUGGAGGGCCUGGAGUACCUUCACAAGAAUGGACAGAUUCACAGGGAUCUGAAGGCAGGAAACAUUCUGCUUGGAGACGAUGGGUCGGUGCAAAUUGCGGAUUUUGGUGUGAGUGCCUUUCUAGCAGCCGGAGGUGACAUGACCAGGAACAAGGUGCGGAAGACGUUUGUUGGAACUCCUUGCUGGAUGGCCCCGGAGGUGAUGGAGCAGGUCAGGGGUUAUGACUACAAAGCAGAUAUCUGGAGCUUCGGGAUAACCGCCAUCGAACUGGCCACAGGAGCCGCGCCUUAUCAUAAAUACCCACCCAUGAAGGUGUUGAUGCUGACCCUGCAGAAUGACCCCCCCUCUCUGGAGACGGGCAUCACAGACAAGGAGAUGGUAAAGAAGUACGGCAAGUCCUUCAGAAAGAUGAUCUCUCUGUGUUUACAGAAGGACCCGGAGAAAAGGCCAACAGCUGCUGAACUUCUGAAGCACAAGUUUUUCACUAAAGCAAAGAGUAAUGAGUACUUGGAGGAGAAGCUGCUUCAAAAGGGGCCAACGAUAACCGACCGAUCGAAAAAGGUGCGAAGGGUCCCUGGCUCAAGUGGCCGGCUCCACAAGACCGAGGACGGAGAGUGGGAGUGGAGUGACGACGAGCUGGAUGAAGAGAGUGAAGAGGGGAAGGCUGCUGUGGCAGCACUAAGGUCACCCAGAGUGAAGGAUGGAUCUCAAAAUUUAGAGAUCUUCCCCCCUGCAGACGGGAGCUCUGGGCUCCUGCAGCCCUCAGGUCCAGUCAAGGACCUCUCAGACACCAGCCAGGCCCCGGCAGAAACCACCCAGACGGCAAGCCUCUCACAAGCCCCCUCUGCACAGGACCCAGCAGCUCCUAAUGUGCUCAAAGUUCCUAUCAGCCUGGUACUGAGGUUGAGGAAUUUAAAGAAAGAACUGAAUGACAUUCGGUUUGAGUUCAUGCCAGGCAGAGACUCAGCUGAUGGGGUCUCUCAGGAGUUGGUUUCUGCAGGGCUGGUUGAUGGGAAAGACCUAGUUGUUGUGGCUGCCAAUCUGCAGAAAAUUGUUGAUGAUCCCCAAAACAAUAAAAAUGUCACAUUUAAACUUGCUUCCGGCCUGGAUGAGUCUGAAAUUCCUGACGAUGUAAAGCUUAUGGGAUUUGCUCAGCUCAGCAUAAGUUAACUCACAGACAACGGACAACACAGGACAACAAGAGAUGGUAUUGCACAGAUGCAUAGUACUCAAUUCCAAGAAACCACUACUGCCAAAGAGAAGAGCUAAGUCAUCAUCCCACAGGACUGCUGGCUGCAGGUGGACCUGUUUCAGAAAGGGCCCAGUACAAAACAUGAAUCUUGACGAGCUUACAGCGGGCAUGUUAAUGGGAGGAUGCAAUCAACUACUUGGGCUUUCUUUCUGUUUUCAUACAUUAGCGCAAUCCAUGCAAACUCCUGCCAGUACUGGAAGUCAUUACAAUAAAGGCCUUUUUAUCAAAUGUGCCACUGAACACACAACGUAAGUGUUGUGCCACGGCUAUUUAGCAUCUUGAUACUAGUAUUGGAAUUUAUUCAACGUAAACAGAGACUUGGAUUUAGCUAGCAUGAUGGAAAUAGUCAUUUCUGUGGUUAACAUUUAGGAAUCAGACAACAUAGCCCAUUGUUUUUAAGAGACCGCUUGUGUAUAGUUUAUUUGGAAAUCUUUUUGACGACCUACCAUAUAAGUAUUGGUUAAAUAACUUCCAGACUUUAAACUAAUAAAAUUGGAAACCCCAGUCCUUCAGUUGCUUGCUGGUUUGGUCACUUGUGCACUGAAGAGUUUGAUGAAUUCAUAACAGAAUAUACACUAUAUGGGAUUGUCUUAACACAGCAGUAAUCACUCUGCUCAGAGUGCAGUAACAGUCUGCCUGUCUUUCAGAUGGGUCAUGGUGUUCAUGGAUAUGGUUAUUACAGUUUGGAUUGAGACCUUUGUUUCUUUUCUUGGACUAUGCAACAAUUAUUUUUAUUGUCUUUUGACCAUUGCCUCUAUUGCUGUUUUCGAUAUACUUUUCAGUUUUCAUCCUAGGAUUAUUAAUUGGUACUCUGUAGUCAGUCCUCCAUUUCCACUCACCUAGAAGUCACUGUUGUCUCUCCCAUUUUAGCAGUAUGUUUGUUUUUGUACGGUGUGCCAGGGCUGUGUGAUGGGUAGUAGUUCAGGUACUGUUAUACGUGGUGUAUUUAACGAUAUUGUAUUUCAAGAUGUGAUACAGCAACUGAUGCAACGUGCACCAUCACUCAUCCACCUCGAGAGGGAGUUGGAGGCAUGGACUGUUUCUGAAUACAUUUCUGAUAUUGGAAAGAAAAGAAAUGUAGUUGUACAUAAUGAUCAUGGCAGACAACUGAAAUACUUGAUCAGUAACUCAUCCAGUAAAAUACCUAAAUAAAUGAACUUCUGUGAGUUGUUCGUUUUUAUAUUGAGUUUUCCACUGUUGGCCUUUGUAUGUUAGAAAGUCACUAAUACAGCAUUGUGUUGGUAAUCAUGCACAAAUGAUAUGUCAAAUUGGCACCUUAUUGAUCUAAUAUCUUGCUUGUUUUAGUUUACUAGAGAGCUUGUAAUCACGUGUUGUGUGCUUGAUGUCAUGCUAUAUGCAAUUGUUUCACCUAAACCUGUCAAAUUGUUGUUUUCCAGAUGAAACAGUGACAACUUUUCUGUUCUUAGUUUUCAACAAGUGACACGACAAGCGGCAUACUGGACACAGUGCUCUGUUAUGAGUGUGAGAAUGUUAGCUUCAUUAAUGCUUUAGAGAAGGGGAGGGCUAAUGACAAAGUUCAAACUUCUAUAACUAUUUUGUAGCCAAUCUGAAAACCUGUUUCGUUCUUAAGUCUGUGAAUGAUGCUUAUCUAUUUUUCCAUUUGACUAAUUUCAUGUUGCUCCUUUUCAUUUAGAUAUAACAAUUGUUAAUCAACUAUUAUACAUAUUGGACAUUGCUAUAUGUAUCUUCACAAACUAUGAGUCAAAGUCAAAUGUGUUCAUUAUAUUAUUUGAACAAUGUUGUGCUGAAAUCUUGCAUUGUAUUUCAGAACUUGAUGUCAUUCAAAUGAGAUCCCUUUUGGAAUGAUUAAAUGUAUGGAAAUUGAAAAUGGUCUACACUAUGAUUAUAUCAAAAUAAUUUUAAGCAGAUAAAUAAAGUCACAUGAUGGAAUUCAC